GCUGGUUGUACGUUCGUUUGUUCGGUUCGUAUAUUCGUGUGUGUAUUCUGCUCAGAGUCGAAGCUCUAGGCUCGCAGAGGUGGGCAAGCCAGAGAGAGAGAGAGAGAGAGAGAGAGAGAGAGAGAGAGAGAGGCCUAGGCAAGCCAAGAGUUUACUUGGCUCCGAAUGCUCAGUCUUCAUUCGCGGUUCAAAACAUCGAGACACGAACGGGUUUCGCGCGUCGCGUCUCGUCUCUGCGCGAAAACUCUUUGAUACAUAUGUGUAUGUAUAUGUAUGUAUGAAUAUUAUUGGAACUUAUAUGUUACAUAUGGAGUUUGAAUGCACAUAUUGCGUGUCAUAAACUCGCGCGCACGAAUCGCGGUAUUAUAAUAUCGUUCGCUUCGUUGUACAGGUACUGUAUAUUUAUUCACAACGUGCAAGUGUCGUGUGUCGCGUUGUUGAGAAUGUACGCUGCGUUUACAUAGGUAUAUAUUUAUGUCAUGCGCGUAUGUUUGACAACCGACUGAUCUUACGUAUAAUAAUAGGUUGUACAACGACCGAUUGAACUUGUCGAUAUCGUUCAAUGUUCGUUGAAUCGUGCUUUCGGUUUUUGAGGGCGUUUUAAACGAGAGAAGAAGGAAAGUAAGGACAAAAUUGUGAUUUUCAAAAAUUACACACACCCAACUCUCGGCGUCUUCUUUCAAUUCGAUUCCGAGUCCGUCGAUACGUGUGUGUAAAUUAUAUUUUAAUACGAAAUACCGGAGAGGAUCGAGGAGAAGUGUAAAUUGGCGCAAAUUGCGGAGGGAUGAGGAGGACGAAUGUGUACGACGGUUGAAACGAUGACGAUUAUCGUCGUCGGCAAUGAUUAAAACGAGGAUUGAGUAAAUCGUCCAGCGUAUCAGAAGGAUAUACAUCGCCGUUCGACCCUACAAAGAAGGAAGAGAUUCUUCUCUCUCACUCUCUGUAAACUUCGUAAUCGCAAAGCGGGAAUUCGGAUGACCGGAGAAAGAUAUUGAAAAGGAAUCGCGUGUACAUCGAAAGUGUUUCUUUUGUAACAUCCGUUUUCGUUUUCGUUCGGACCUUUCUAACUGUUUAUCUACAAACGAACUAACGAUUUGUGCUGUGCGCGGUAAAACGACUGAUCUUGUAUAUACGCGUGCAUAUAUAUACAUAUAACACAUAAUUACUCUGUUAUUUUGUGCAACGAUCACACGAAGAGGAAAUUACCUGAUGUCCAGGUGUGCAUGAUUUCUACAGAGGAUCAGUGACACCGAUCUUUGUUAAGGAAGACGGGAAUCGCCUGAGGAGGGUGAAUCUACCGCGUGGCGUGUCGGGCGGAGAAGGUUGGGGGCGGAUCGAAGGUGGUUUUGGAUGUUAGGAGGCGAAGGGGUGGCUAGUCAGGCCCCACCGCCAGGUACGGGUCCUAAUGCCGGUCCCCGUAUCGCAAUCUCUUACGCUAACUACAUCCCUCAUACCCAAAGAGGAGAAUACGAUGCCAUUUAUAGACGACGAGUUACUUUGGUGCCCUGACAACGACGGGAAGAUGGUAGAUCUCACCCAGUGUCUUCAGGAGAACGGGGCCGGACAAACCGACGAAUUCUCGGCGAUGGAGUUGAGCGUUCUCGUUGGAGCUCCGGGAGCACCUUCAGGGCCAUCAGAGGAAGGCGAAGAGAUGCCUGGCGUAGCUGGCGAAGAGCCCUUCGACACCCUGGACACGUUUUUAAGGGAAUUGCAAGCUGACCUAGCCGAGGCCAGUCAACCAACCUCCACAACCACACCUAUUAAUUCCUACAGAAGACAGAGGUACAACAUUGCCGCUGCUAAUCCCUUACUGGCAGAAAAACUGGCAGCACCCACUUCGCAGAGCUUACCGACCCCCAUAGCGCACGCGGCGAGAGCAGAGAUAAAAACUGAGAACAUACAACCCGAGACGAGUAAAGUCGACACGAGGGAACUUCAACCGGCACACGACACGGGGGAUAAAGAGGUACUCGGAUUGGCCAGUAUCAAGGCGGAGCCCGGUUCGACAACCGGUGCGAGACUACUUCACGACAUACUUUCUCAGCACCCCCAGCAGCACGGCAUUGCCGGAUUGCAGAACGGGUAUGCUCGUCAUUUAACCACUGCUCACGGACAGAUGGGACAGCAAGGGUACUCGAAUGGAUCGCUCGCCACGUCGAACACCCCUGGCGGUGGAUCACUGCCGGCGAGUCCGGCUGACAGCGGUGUCAGCGAUGUUGAAUCCAGCACAUCUUCAGGCGGGAACGAAGACGCUAAUAUGUUGCUCAAGGCGCGUCUAAAUCCAAACUCGGCGCUGCAAUCCACGCUGGCUUCUCAUCACUCCCACUUGACGACAGCUCUGGGACGAUCAGCAUGUCACAGUCCGGGCGUCUACCAGACGACUGCCGGCGGUUUCCUCACGCCCUCUUACCAGCAUCCCCAUCAUCAACACGCCCCGGCCAGCUAUCACCAUCCGCACAGAAGUAGCCCUCCUCAUCACCACCAUGCCGGCAAUAAUCACGGCAUGGGACCGGCCAUGGGACCACCGCCAGGCCACCACCAUCACCACCACCACCAUCACCAGCACCAAAGUUUACAGCAUCUUCACUACCGCCAACCACCGACACUGUCCGAGAGUUACAGCAACUACGUGAGUUCGAUGUACGGAGGCGGAGGACAGUUUGCGACACCCUGCACGCCUAGUCCACCGCGUGGACCAGGAGGCGUACCCACGAGCGUUAUCCAGGCGGCGACCAGUUCGGUUUCGGACGAUCUCUACCUCCUGGAGUUGGGCUUUCAACCGCGGCCGAAGAAGAGCAAGCUGAAGAAGCCUCGGCAGGGUGGCGAAGGCGGUGCAGCGGUGAAGCGGAAAUCGAGGGAGGGCUCGACGACCUAUCUCUGGGAGUUUUUACUCAAGCUCUUGCAGGACCGGGAGUACUGUCCGCGUUACAUUAAGUGGACGAACAGGGACCGGGGAGUCUUCAAGCUCGUCGACAGCAAGGCGGUGUCUAGGCUGUGGGGAUUGCACAAGAAUAAACCGGACAUGAAUUACGAGACAAUGGGACGCGCCCUUCGGUACUAUUAUCAGAGGGGCAUACUCGCCAAGGUUGACGGUCAGCGACUGGUUUACCAGUUCGUCGACGUUCCUAAGGACAUUGUUGAGAUCGAUUGUACGGGGGCGUGAGAUCAGGCCCCGCCCUGGCGAAACCUUGGCAAAUAUCACAACGAUAGGAUUAAAAUGCAGCGAAUAUUGCGGGCGAGAUUAUUGUUACAAGACAAUGACGGUAUGAAAGACGAGAGAAGCCCAGAAACGGCUGAUCUACUCCACUCGUCUACGAGCUCAUCGCCGCCCCGUCGGACGGAAUCGGAUUUACCGCCCGCUUGGCAUACUCCUCAAAUAAUCUAAAUCAUCCCCCUGACUCUGUUAUUAUACAUAUUAUAUAUACACGCGCAUGCAUAUUGUAUAUGAUUGAUAUAAUAAUAAUGACAAAGCGGUAACAAUUUUUUAUUAUACCUUUUAAAUUUUACGUAAUAUUACAUUAUAUAUCUACAUUGUUUAUAUAUAUAUGUACGCCAAGCACAGAAACGAGAAUCCACGUACCCUGGUAUAUGUAUAAAUUAGCAGUUUAUAUAUUGGUUAGAAUUUUUUAAAUUUGUACAAAAUUUAGUUAUUGUAAUAAUAAUAAUAAUAAUAAUAAUUGUAAUUGUAAUUGUAAUAUCUAAUAAUAAUUAUUAUAUUAUAGUUGAAUGGUCGGACAUAUAAAGAUUGUGUAUUAUGUAGUAAAGGACAAAUUACUUAACUUAUGUACGAUGAGGAUGAAGUUAAAACGAAACAGAACAAAACAAACAGAAAAAAAAAAUAACUAAUCAACAAUUGUACAUUUGAAAAAUGGUAAAUUAUUUAUUAUUGUAUAUUUAGAUGACUAUAUAAUAUACCUGAUUAAAAAAUGAUAAAAAAAAAAGAAAAAAAAAUUGUUAAAGUGGAAAGUUUAAAUGAAACGAAAUAUACGGGCUGUGAAAUGGUUUAUAGAAGGAGUGUUAAAGUUUUGAUGGAGCGAGCUCAGGGAGGAAGGGGGAUAUAUUAUAUAUAUUUUUUUAAUAAUGAUGGUGACAACGUGCGACUGCUUACACAAAAGAGAAAAAAAAGCUGCUGAGGUCCGUUUAAUCGACGUGAAUAUGGUGCUGGCUAUACACACAAGAGGUCCAACAAUGUUAUCUAGAAGAAAAAAAAAACAACUAUAUAGCGUUUAAAAUGAUAUAGUAUGUUAUACAUAUGUAUGUAUGUAUGUAUGUAUGUGUAUGUAUAUAAGUAUGUAUAUGUGUGUAUGUACACACACGCACGCACGCACACACACACACACACACACACACGAAAUAGAAAUUAUCGACAAUUAAGAAGAGGAAGAUGAAAACAAGAAUUUGUUUGAAGGAAAUUAACAAGAAAUAUAUGUAUAUACAUAUAUAUAUAUACGUAUAUACACACACACACCAUUUAUCUCUGUAUAUAUACAAAGUAUACCAUUGCAUAUAUAAAUACAUAUAUAUCUAUAUAUUAACACUUAUUACAAUAUUUAAAUAUAUAUUAUUAUAUAUAUGAGUAUAGGUAUAUUGUAUGUUACGUAGUAGAUGGCAACUGUGCGUUGUGCAUGAAUCAGAAUUGCAACGAAGAAGGAUGAUUUUCUAACAAGGUAAAUUUAAACUUUGCCCUAUUUUCGCGUUUUUAUUUUCCUAUUAUUUUGGAGUUUUCUCUCUCGUUGAUAAGAAUCUCAUUAAAAAAUGUAGUAGACGAAUAUAUAAGAUACACAAAAAUGACCGGUUAAACGACCCGCAUACAUUGUGCAAAAGUUGGUGCAAAGUUUAAUUGAAAACUGCGAAAGAAAAUUCCCAAGCUUUAGCCCAGGGUGUAAUAAUAAUGAUAAAAACAAUAAUAAUAGUAAUAAUGGUAAUGAUAACAAUAUUAAUAGCAAAAAUAUUAAUAGUAAUACUAAAUAAUGAUCAUAAUAAUGAUGAUACUGAUAACAUUGAAAUAUCCAGAGUAAAAUUCAAAUUAUUGUCGCCCCCAGGUAUGAAAUUGAGCAUACGGAAUAUAUCACCUUAAUUUUAAGUUUUGUAUAUACACACAUCUCUAUAUAUAUAUAAAGAAUAUUGUUUAAGACUUAAUCAUAUAUCUAUACGUUGAAAUAUGUACUGGAAUUUUGAAAAUCAAUUAUAUUGAAUAUAAUAUAGGGUUCUGCAAAACAAAUCUGAUAAAUUUAAACGACCCUGCAUAUUUCACUAUGAUAGUACAGUUAAAAAGAUAGACUCAAAUGAAAAUAAAUAUAUCACGAAAAAAAAAAACAAAAAAAAAAACAAACGAACAAAGAAAAUAUUACAGAAAAAAGCAAACUAA